AUGGCAAUAGGGGAGAGACCGCCAUGCAUGGCAAUAGGGGCUGUCUUCUAUGGAGAUUUGCCACUGCUAUUAGAGAAUUGUUCUGGGUUUAAUAUGGGAUAUUGGAGAUUGCAAAACAUUUCUUUUAUUCAUCAACUUAAGGAUGUAACCAUAGAGCUUUCCAUUGGAUCUAAUGGAAUUCGGUUUGCAAAAUAUGUGCUCGAGCAUGCUCGGAAUUUGAAGAAAAUGACAUUUUUUUCAUUCACCUCAGCAGUCGAAAGCUCUCACCAGAUGAAGGGUCGUCAAGGGUUGUCAACCCAAACUUCCAGAGAGCUCAAUCAGAUCAACUGUCAUCCCUAUGCUGUUCGAGGUUUUGUUUGA